AUGGCGCAUCCACAGGAGACGUUUCGCCAUACAACGUUUACGGGGACGUCGAUUCUGGCAGCGCGGCGCCAUACGGUUGCCAGCACGACGCUCAAGACGCAGCUGGCGCAGUUCAAGAGUACAGGGCGCUAUGAUUGCUUUGAGCUGAAAUGGCAUCCCGUGUAUGACGACCACUCCAUGUGGCCGGUCCCCAAACACCUUUUCUGGGACAGCGACCUCGCAAAGUGGAUUGAGGCCGCGUGCUAUCUGCUCGAAAGCCACUAUGACGAGGACAUCGACGACGCGGUGCAAUACAUGGUGCGCAGUAUGCGCGCCGCACAGCACGACGACGGCUACCUCAACUUGCACUACACGGUCGUGGACCCCAAGGGCCGGUGGUCCAACAUCCGCGACAUGCACGAGCUGUACAACUGCGGGCACCUAAUUGAAGCCGCGCUCGCACACCGAGCCUAUUACAAGAACGACGACCUGCUCGGCCCAAUCCUGAAAUACGUCAGUCUCAUCGCAAGAACAUUUGGCCCGGAACCAGGGAAACUGCACGGGUACCCUGGACAUCCCGAGAUCGAAAUGGCACUGCUGAGGCUCUACACGCAGACAGGCAACCAGGACGCAUACAAACUCGCCCGGUACUUUGUGCAAGAGCGCGGAAACCCCACGGGCCAGGAGGGCCGCCAUUUCUUCGAGUGGGAGGCGGAACAGCGGGGUGAAAGUCCUUGGAUGCGGCCGAAUCAUUAUCCAGAAGCAAAUGCUCACUGGUAUAACCAGACGCACGCCCCGAUCCUGGAGCAGCAGACCAUCGAGGGCCAUGCUGUGCGCGCACUGUAUCUUCUCACCGCCGUUGCUGAUCUGCUCUGCGUGGAGAAACGAGGGCUGGGUGCUAUGUCGCAGUCGGGUGAAUGGCUGGCGACGCUGCACCGUCUGUGGGCCAACAUGGUGGACCGGAAGAUGUAUGUGACGGGGGGCGUGGGCGCCAUCAAGCAAUGGGAAGGGUUUGGAAUCGAUUAUUUCCUGCCGCAGUCGACGGACGAAGGCGGAUGCUACUCGGAAACGUGUGCGUCCAUCGCCGUCAUAUUUCUUGCAGAGCGGCUGCUCGCGCUGGACCUCGACGCCCGCUACGCAGACACCAUGGAGCGCUGUCUGUACAACAACGUCAUGACGGCCAUGAGUCUCGACGGCAAAUCCUUUACCUAUGUCAACCAGCUGGCGAGCUCUGAAGCUGACAAGAGCGGCCGCGAAGACUGGUUCUGGUGCGCGUGCUGCCCCCCGAACUACAGUCGCCUGUUUGGUAGCCUGGGAGGCUAUCUGUGGCAUUAUGGCACAGAGAGCAACGACAAUAGCCACGUCUUCAUCAAUGUGCACUUAUAUACGUCAGCCAAAGUCGCGUUCCAGACUCCCCAGGUGACAACAGUCGAACUUCAGCAGCAGUCGGACUGGCCGUGGAAUGGUUCCGUGGCAUUCACCCUGCAGGCACCGCAAGACACGCAACUCACCAUCCGCCUCCGCAUUCCAGCGUGGGCAGAGGGCGGGUUCACGCUCGAACCGGCACUGCCACUUGCGUCGAACAAGAGCACAAGUCCGCUGGAAAAGGGAUACCUGACGCUCUCGCCAGAGUACCUCACUGCAAACCGGACCUUCACGCUUGUGAUCCCGGGCUUUACACCCCGCUGGCUCGAACCGCAUCCGUAUACAAACCAGAACACGGUGUUCCUUGCUCGUGGCCCGCUGGUUUACUGUGCGGAAGACGCGCAGAACCCCGGGGAAACAAGCCACUUUCGUGAUGUGGUUAUCAAGCCGGGUCACGCGGUUGUAACGGAGGAACACAGAGUCCACGAAGCGUCGGGAGAGGCGUACAUUGCUCUUCGCACAAAGGCGUGGACACGGUCGCUCGGUGCUUGGGAAACAGGGGAACCGGUGCGUGGGGCGCGAGGGGAACAGGAGCUGGUUGACGAACGCGACAUGGUAUUUGUACCGUAUUAUCUGCGAGCGAAUAGCGGCGGCAAUGGACACAUGCGUGUGGGAAUGAUCAAAAGCUGA